AACCGUUUGGCCCACAUGUUUGAAAUUGGACAUGGCUAAUGAUAAUUACAAGCAAAUUCUGAAAGAACUGACAGAUUUGAAGAAUCGGUGUAUCAAUGCAGAGAAAGAGUGCACUACAUUCUUGCAAAGAACUGCAGUAGACAUUAAAUUGGCUUCUUUACAGGAUAUGCAUACUGAUCUUGGACAAGAAAUCUAUUCAGAGUUAAGAAAACAGGAGAAGCAAUUAUUGCAUGUGAAAUUUAACAUAAAACAAUUCAAAAAUGAACUACAGCAUUUAAAACCGACUCCUCAAUUUGUUGAGACACUGAGAAACGUAAUGGAGGAGGUUGAGAGUGCUAUAACUAAUGCAAAGCAGCAGCAAAGACAGAUACAAGAGAGUCUGAAUGAGGAGGAGAACGUUUUGUCGCUAGAGAUAGAAGCAAUAGAGAAGCGUGUAGACAGUUGGCGCCAGUACCUGGGCCAUGCAAGCGAAGGUGGCGCAAUCUCUUCCCAUCCUCAGCGACAGCCUGCCAUGAGACAAGAAAGCCAAGCUAACAAACCUGCUGAAGUAGAACAGUUUGAUAUCUAUGCACAGCAGCAUGGUGGGCUGUAUGGUGGAUGGGACGAGCAAGAUCACAGACUGUUUGUGCACCUGUUUAACAGACUAAAGGACAAAGAUAAGCUGGCUCAAGAAAUGAUUAGGCACAUCCCGUGUUUUACCACUGAAGAGUUGCAGCAGCACAUUUCAUGGUAUGAAACUUUCCUCCAGCUGCAAGAAAGCAAAAAAUUAGCCAUUGCAUCUUGGCGGAAACAGAAACAGAUCGAAAACAGGCAAGAAAUCGACGUAGUGCAAGAAAAGACUGAAGCGCCUGUUGCUAAGGAUAUGGCUAAAAAAGAACAAGAACGUAGAGAGAAGACAAAGAAGAUUGAAGAGUGGAAAGCAAAAUGCAAGGAAAUUGAUGAGGAACAAAAACAUCAGAAGUGCAUAGAAGACGACAAAAAGAUGCAUGCACAAGAAAAAGAAAGAGACAGACAGAGACGAUUGAAAGCGCUUGCUCUUCAAUACAAAACUAAAAAGCAGGAGAAUGAAGAAUGGCAAAGAAGACUAGAACAUGAAGAGCAGCAUCUGGUGAACACAAGACAGAUCUUAGCUGCAGAGGAGAUUGCACGGUUUAGAGAAAGAGAUCAGAAGUUACACCAAAAAAGGAUAGAGCAAGAGAAAUUGAAACAGCGAGCGGUGCAGCAGAAAGAAGACCGAUUGGCAAAACUCAAGCAGAAGGUAGCUGUAACAAUUGAGAAGGACCCUACAAGACUCUACCAACCAACAAAGGGAUGGGUGGAACGAACAAAACGGGUCGGACCCAGUGGUGAUGCUAAACCAAUGUCACUUCCCCACAGAGCGAUUCCAUCAUGGAGGCAUGGAGUGUAGCCACUGUACAGACGUCAACCCCUGAGGACCUUUCUUGUGAAAUGCUGGAGAAUGCAAUUCAACCCUGUACAUUAGAGAACGAAUUGCUCAGUUUGGUCUAGCUUUUGCAUAUUGUUAGUUUACUGCACAUAGUUUUACAAUUUCAAAUUAUGCAUGUUUACAUAUAUUUAUUAACGUGGUG